GGCUUUCAAUCGAGCUCCAAGCGCCGGGUGCCAUCGCCGUCGCCAUGAAGAUCGAGGAUGUCCAGUCCACGACGAAGAAGCAGCGCAUAGCUAGUCACAGCCACAUCAAGGGCCUCGGCCUCCAGGACGAUGGGACGGCACUGGGAAUGGGGUCGGGAUUCGUCGGCCAGGAGCAAGCUCGCGAGGCGGCGGGGCUUGUUGUGGAGAUGAUCCGCGGGAAAAAAAUGGCUGGUCGCGCAUUGCUGCUUGCCGGAUGCCCUGCUUCCGGGAAAACAGCCAUCGCAUUGGGCAUAGCUCAGGAGCUAGGCAGCAAGGUUCCAUUUUGUCCAAUGGUGGGAUCGGAGGUUUUCUCUUCCGAAGUUAAGAAGACCGAAGUUCUCAUGGAAAACUUUCGUCGCUCGAUCGGCCUGCGUAUAAAGGAGACGAAGGAAGUUUACGAAGGAGAAGUGACUGAAUUAACUCCAGAGGAGACCGAGAGUACCACCGGUGGCUACGGCAAAAGCAUCCACCACGUGAUUAUUGGUUUGAAGACUGUGAAGGGCUCCAAGCAGCUUAAACUCGACCCCGUUAUAUACGACGCUCUUAUAAAAGAAAAGGUAGCAGUGGGAGAUGUCAUCUACAUUGAAGCCAACAGCGGUGCUGUGAAACGAGUUGGACGAAGUGAUGCUUUCGCGACCGAAUUCGACCUUGAAGCGGAGGAGUAUGUUCCUCUACCGAAAGGAGAGGUUCACAAGAAGAAAGAAAUCGUUCAGGACGUCACACUGCAUGAUCUAGAUGCUGCAAAUGCGCGUCCUCAAGGUGGACAAGAUAUUCUUUCCAUGAUGGGACAGAUGAUGAAGCCGAAAAAGACUGAGAUCACUGAUAAGCUGCGGCAGGAAAUCAACAAGGUGGUUAAUAGGUAUAUUGAUCAAGGAGUGGCGGAGCUUGUACCUGGUGUCCUAUUUAUUGACGAGGUACACAUGCUGGAUAUGGAGUGCUUCACAUAUCUGAAUCGCGCUUUAGAAAGUUCUCUAGCACCUAUAGUGAUUUUUGCUACGAAUCGGGGUAUCUGUAACAUCAGGGGGACGGACAUCAGUAGUCCACACGGAAUACCGGUCGACCUAUUGGACCGCCUUGUGAUUAUUCGAACACUUCCUUACACUCCUGCUGAGAUGGUUCAGAUACUAGCAAUUCGUGCGCAAGUUGAAGGACUUACCAUCGACGAGGAGAGCUUGGCGUUCCUGGGUGAAGUCGGGGAGAAAACGUCGCUGAGGCAUGCUGUGCAGUUGCUGACCCCGGCCUCUAUAAUAGCACGUACAAACGGGCGUGAUGAAAUUGCUAAGGGGGAUUUGGAGGACUUGGUAGAUCUCUUCUUAGAUGCGAAGGCGUCUGCGAAGCUGCUUCAAGAGCAGCCCGACAAGUACAUAAGCCAGUAGUAGGAAGGAGAAGCGACCGGAAUUUUUGCUGUGCCGCUCAAGGGUGUGAGUUCCGUUUGAUAUACUUCUAGUCCUUGACACCGCAUUGUACGUUACAGACUUAGAUUGCAAAGGUUUGCGCAGAGUUUGCUUUUA